AUGAACAAAGAAGAAGAAGGCGAGCGCCGAGACAUCGACGUCGAACAUGCCAAGGCACAUCAAUUUCCGCUGGUCUUGCCAGAAUCGGACAUGAAUGAAGAAAUGAGCACGGAAAUUCAAGAACUCGUCGUCGGACUUUUGGAAAAGCACCCUUUCGGACUCGCCGCUAAAGAAACGUUUGAAGUGUUAAAUAAGAAGUUCGGCGUUGGGUGGAAUAUUGUGAUUGGAAAAGCAUUCCACAGCGAGUUUCAAGCCGUCAAAGGCACCGUUCUCAUGAUGUACUACCAGGGCGUGUACGGCAUUCACAUAUGGAAAUCGGAGAAGUAA